CAACGGCUUGGUCUCUGCGCUGUCUUGCAACCCCCGAGUUCCCUGACGCCUGACUCGGCGAACAUGCAUGCUGCGCCAUUUCGGCCACAGUAGAGUUCUCGACCCUCGUCUCCCGAUAUAUUCGUUAAUGCGACGCUGUCGCUUGCCUCUUCGUUGAUACCCAAUAUUCCCGCCCCCGACCUUACCGUUCCGCGAUAACGUCGUCGUGACCGUCGAGAUGUCAUUCCGAGACAAUGACCAGCGCCGGUAUGGCCAUGUUCCUCCUGUACAAUACCCUGUCGCGAACCGAUCUUCCCAGGACCAAUCGUCGUACCCUGCGCGCACCCCUAGUUUCAAUAAUGGUGAUGACGCUGGCACAUUUGCCUCGGGCGGCUCUCGCCCCGGCUAUCACCCAACGCUAAAUACGGCCGUCACCGGGCACGCGGGUCGCGACGAGUUAUUCUUAGCAAGCCCGACUGACGCAAAUAGGCCCGGCUACGGCAACUCAAAUGUUGGUAUGUCGGGGUACCAACAUCAGUACCAGCCUCAGACUCCGCCCACACCGUCGACAUACAACCCCCAGGCUUUUGCUCGCUCGCAAUCCACCUCAUUGCCGCCUAAUCCGUACCCACCAAACCGACGGGCACAAUCAAACACGGCCGCUGCUCCUUACAGUCCUACUGCUGGGUCGAACAAUUUCGCGCCCGCUCCGUAUAAUCCUGCCGCGUAUUCUGGCACCUCGGCCUCUCAGCGCCAGUCGACUUACGCCUCUUAUUCUAACUACGGCAGCCAGCCUUACGGUUCGCCGCCCUUGAACCAGUCACCCUACCGGCAGUCCCAGCCCACGUAUCCCCCUCCCCCCGCCCAGCCGUUGCAAUCGCCCACGUUACCAUCGACGUACGCCGCCGGUUAUAAUCAGGCGAUCCAGAACCCAGCAUACCCUCUUUCCACAAAUUCGGUGACCCCGAUUCAGACUAGCUACGAGUCUUCGCAGUCACAAUAUGCCACGGGCUAUGGAAACAAUACCGCGAGUCCACCAGGGACCUCCUAUUCAUCUACGUCCCCUCAAGUUCCCUAUCCGACACAUUCACAAAUACCGGUAGGCCCUAAUUAUUCGGCGAGCGACCCUCAUUCGUUUUUAAAUCGCGAAUCGAGAUCGAAUUCGGCGACGUCCCCGAUCCCGUCUCCUCCGGCUCCCUCACAGCCGGUAUACGGCUUGAGUCGGCACCCGACUAAUGCGCCAUUGCCGAGUCGACCCCUCGACGAUGUAACGGAUGAUCGAUACGCAUCCGGCGGUGCCAUAGAACCCGAUAUAUCUCAGGAGUACAUCACGCAGGACAAUAUCAUGCAGGACAUCGAAGCUGAACUCGGAAGGGGGGGGGUUUCUGUGCGCGGUAGGCCGACAGCAUUCGAUCAGCGCAAUGGUGCUCUACCGGAGGAUGACCUGCAAAAUCUCCGUCGGUUGACGUCCAAUGCUAGCUAUCAUUCGCAUGUCGCGACACUGAACAACCACGAGGAUCCCUCCGGAGUGAACCGCUACUCCUCAAAUGCGUCGACGUCGAACAGGAAUCAUUCCCCGAAACAUUAUUCUUUUUACGAUGACAGAGAUGACGACGACAACGAGGGGGAGGGAGACGAAAGCGACCCAGAAGGCGCUGCCGGAGUUUGGGCGCUACAGCAGGCAGAAGAGGAUGACCGUCGAUUUAGCACAUUGGGCGGCUCAUUCCCCUAUUUCAACCAACUUGAUGCACCCACACAACCCACCCUGCCGACUCAUAAGGAGGAACCGAGUAGUGAUAGCGAUUACGCCGGGAUGGAUCUUGGUCUCGCAGGUGGCGGCUACGCGGGAAGUCUCGCAUACGAUAAUAAUCUUGGCUCUCCUCCUGCUUCCGAGGUCGCGCCCGGGGACACUCAGAUUCUCCCAAUUCGCAGCAACCACCCCUCUCAAAGGAGCCACGGAAGCGGCAAAUAUCCGGCGUUCGAGCAAGCCGACGUAGACUACGGUGAUACUGGGGGCCUACAACCACCAUCUGCGCACCGCUUGAGCUUUGAUGAAGGGGACGAACGCGUUUCCGUCCACUCGCAACACAGCGACAGCGAAUCGCCAACUAGGGAAGAAUACCCGGACAUGUUCUACCAUCCCGGCCUGUCAAAUCGGCCACUUCCGGCCAUCCCCGCUGGCUCCGACAGUAGUUCGAUGCUAUCAGUGCAGUCGCCGACCCGUGCCGGAUACCAACAUGGAUACUCUCUAAGUGUAGAUUCGCGCCCAUACUCCGGGCCGGAUGCCCAGUAUGGACAAAACGCGCAACAGCUUCAAGUUGAGAGAUCUAUCUCGCUGUCUAGCCAUAGCACGUCGCCCCAGGUUCAGCCGCCAGGGAGAUCGAAGACCGACGCCACGGACGACCGAAAUGCGCGUGUACGGUAUAUGCGACAGCAACAGCAACUGGCGGCUCAGCAAGGGUUGCCAUACGAGGGCUAUGAAACCGCUACGACGUCAUCGGUAAAUUACGACGUAAUAACUCUACCAAGUGGCCGGCGAAGAAAGUUCCAACCCGACAAGCUAACUCUAGUCGACGCCCACAGUUGCACGGAACCGUGGGCGUUGAGUGGUAUUGCCAAAUGGGUUCGCGAGAUGGCCGAAGGCGAACCUGAUCUGAAGAGAAAGACUCUAGAAGAGGGCCUCGUCAGGUUGUUCUGUCUCAAGGUUCCCAUGAUGAACGUUGCAGACGCCGAGGCACUCGGAACUCAGGUCGCGGACUCGAUGCUAAACGCCGGCAUACUAGUCCCAGAAGAGGAGUGGCUCAAGUUUGGCCCGGGCUCUAUAUCUGGUGUGCUGUGGCAGUUGACCGGUUCCGGUUGCUAUGCAUCAAAACUACACGAGCAGGACGAUAACGUGAUGGGGCACGAAGUACCUACGAGAUGUUACUCUCAUCAUUGCACCAGGACCUCGAAGAAAGCCAACUUAGAUGAGCUCAUGUCCGGCGGCACUAAGACGGUUGAUUGGGCGACGUAUUAUGGGAUGAAGAAGGAAGAUGUGGAGGGCAAGUCAGAGAAGGAGAUCUCUCGACAGAAUACCCUUCACGAAAUCAUCACCACCGAAGAGCAAUACAUGGAACACCUCGAGGUUCUACGAGAGCUGUAUCGAGACCAGCUGGUCAGCUCGCAGCCUCGAAUUAUUGCCGGGGGCAGGUUGGACAAGUUCGUGAAUACCGUAUUCGGCAGAGCCGACGCGGUGCAACAGGUCAACAUGGAGCAUCUACUUCCUCAGUUGAAAUACCGGCAAAAGGAGCAGGGGCCGUGGAUUGUGGGCUUUAGCGACAUCUUUAGAGAAUGGGUUCGAAAGGCUAGGCCGGUGUACGUCGAAUAUGCCGCCGCCUUCCCUUUCGCGCACUUUCAGGUGAAAAAGGAAUCCGAACGGAAUUUCCUGUUCAGGCAGUUUCUCGAGAAUAAUCGACUGAACCCGCGGUCAGCACGCCUGGAUUGGACAACGUAUCUAAAAGAUCCCAUCACGCGGAUGCAGAGGUACGCGCUUCUCCUAGAUACGGUCCUGAGGCGCUCGAUACCAGACAACGAAGAGAAGGCGAAUCUCAAAAGGGCCCUCGACGAGGUCAAGUUGAUGGUCCUCGAAUGCGAUUCGAAAGUGGACGAGAUGCAAAAGAAGGUGACAAUGAUCGAGUUGGACCAGAUGCUUGUUCUCCGACCCGGUUUCCACGCCGAUCUGAAUUUGGACCACCUCGGCCGAGAGCUCAUUCUCCAGGGUGAUCUUCAGAGGAUGGGCUCCAAAGGCGUACGAUGGGUUGACACGCACGCGCUCUUGUUUGAUCAUUAUUUGAUCCUCGCCAAGCUCGUCGUGUCGAGGGACGGGAGACAAGACAGAAAAUACGACGUAUCCAAGGAGCCCAUUCCCAUGCCUUUGUUAUUCCUCGAAAGCAGCCAGGAUGAUCCGAUCUCCAAGCAGAAGGGCAUUGCCACCCCGUUAACUCGGACAGCAAAUUCCGCUUCAGAUACUAAGCUGAACAAGGUGGUGUCGAGCGGCAGUGAACGGCCUAGUGGGGACCAUGCAGCUAUGGGCUCAUCUACCGGCGGUGUGGCUGUCACUCGGCUGACCCCUAUGAAUUCGGCGGAUAGCGAGGGGAGGAUUCUUUACCCUUUCCGAGUCAAGCAUUUAGGGCACGAGGUGUACACUCUAUUCGCGUCGUCGGCCCAAGCACGGCAAGACUGGUGUGACAGAAUUAUCGAGGCUAAGACCCGCCACGCCAAAGCUUUGCAUGCUCAGAACGCGGAGCCGUUCCGGUUACGCGUGAUGGCUGACAGCGCUUUCGCCUACGACCCAAUAACCGCCAUUGGAAAAUACGUGGGUGGUGUUCACAUACGUGGAACCCCGCUUGACAGGGCGAUCCGCGAGGUGGAGAAGACGUUUAGUACCGGCCGCGGGCCUCCUCCGAUCUCUCGAGCGGGGGUGAACUGUGCUACCGGCUUUUCCGCCUUCGGUAGAAAUAUGGUUGCGGUUGGUACCGACGCUGGGGUGUGCGUAUCCGAGGCUAGCGAUCAGAGGAGUUGGACUAAGACUGUCGCAGCGAGCAGAGUUACGCAAAUCGCGGUCCUCGAGGAGUUUUCCGCCGUCCUCGUCUUGACCGAGAGGAACCUCAUCUCCUAUCCUCUCGAUGUCGUGUCGCCGCCCUCCAACUUCCCCGCGGCCGCCAACGACAACCCGCGUCGUUCGCCUCAGAGGCUGGCGAAAGACGUAUCGUUCUUCGCCACCGCCCGCAUGAAGGAUCGGAUGUUGGUGUUUUACAAGAAGAAGGAAGGUCUGCACAGCACCUUCAAGGUGGUAGAGCCGGUCUACCAAAAGUCUACGGAAAAGAAAUCCCGCCUUCUUGGCGGCAUACGAAGAACUGGGGUGGGCGCCACGGAAAGCUACCGGGACUACGACGAAUUCUACCUCCCUACCGAGUGCUACUCGCUCAACAUAUUCCACACGUACAUUGCCAUAUCCACCGCGAAGGGCUUCGAGCUGUUGACCCUCGACAAGAAACUGCCCAUGUCAAUACCUGACGUGAAACAACCGACUAUCGCUGGCAUCGCCAGUCGCAUCAGGGACCAGCGGCCUCUCGGCAUGUUCCGCCUCAACGAACAAGAAUUCCUGCUGACCUAUGAGGAUUGCGCCGUGUACGUGGACAAAUACGGUGACGUGAGCCGCAGCGUCAUUAUGGAAUACUCGGGCAAGCAAAAGAAGGCGAGGGGUGCAACGAUGUACGGGCAGUACUUGCUGCUCUUCAACGAAGACUACGUGGAAGUGCGCAAUGCCGAAAACGGACGACUGCGUCAGAUCAUCGCUGGAAGGGACGUGAGAAUUCUCGAUUAUGGAGUCCGGGGGCCGACAGGGGGGUCGUCGGCCGCGAACGGGCAUAGCCAGCAUGCCAACGCUGGCGAUAACGGGGCCGACUCGAAGGGUACCGUGAAGAUCUGCAUGGCACACCCGGAAGUUGCAGGUCAACAGAUCGUCCUCGAGAUGCUGCUCAACAGCGGGCAUCUGGAGAAAUGAGGGAUGAUAUACGGUUCAAUGACAACACAGGUUACGUGGAGGGAU